AUGUCGGCACCAUUGAGAGCAUUUUCGGCCAUAAAGGCUGAUGAAAUUGCUGUCAAGCUUCCACACCCUUACCAGACCGACUAUGCAAUCGAGAAAGCCUCUGCGAUAGAUGGCGUGGACGCUGCUGUAUAUAAGCUGGUCCAAAGGCCCUCUGCGUCGGCCAAGCCUCUACCCUUCGACCUUCACAGCGCUGGUCUGGUGUUCUCUGACCCAGUUGAUCUCAAGUCAAGUGAGCUUCCACCGCAGUCCAACAACAGUCCUUGGGCCCGGGCUCGUCGUUCACCCUGUGUCACCGUGUACUGGGAGAACUCAGAAGCGCCAAGCUUAGCACAGAUAUGGCUGCUUGUAUAUGCUCUCUUCACUCUGAGAACAUCCGUGGAGUCAUACCGACUCGAACUUUGCGGCAUCAAUGCUGUUAUUCUAGGCCAACAGCUUAAAGCAGUGUUGCUCGCUAUUGACCACCCUCUCAAAGGCCGAGAGAAGCGCCCGGCCGUGGACAAGACUGACAGGAGCCUCGUUCUUCUCCUGCGAAGUACGUUCUGGCAAGGUGCUGGAUCGCCCUUUGGUCCCCGCCCUGUUUGGUGUCCGGACGAGUCGCCAUCAUCACUACCGGCCACAAACCCUCUUGGAUCAUACCCUUUGACUCCUUUGCAGAAUACCACAACCAUCACCUCAGCUGGUGAUCCGGAUGAUCCUGAGCGUGUUCAGCAGUCAUGGCACCCAGUCAGGCCCGUGAAACCUGCAGCUGGUGCUGUUGUUUACAGUCGAUGGAUUCCUCACCUUAAUGAAACAUUUUCUAUGGUUUCUCUCGAUUACACCGAUGCCGAACAUGUACGGAUGUUCCAUGAAUGGCAAAACGAUCCUCGCGUCUCGCAAGGCUGGAACCUGACUGGCACUUUGGAACAGCACCGGGAAUAUCUGCGCAAGGUGCAUGAGGAUCCUCAUGUGAUUGCUAUUCUGGCCAAAUAUGACGAUACCCACUUCGCCUACUUUGAGGUUUAUUGGGCCAAGGAGGACCGGCUGGGCGGUUACUUCAAUGCGGGUGAUUUCGACCGCGGUCGUCAUUCGCUUGUAGGUGAUGUGCGUUUCCGCGGACCACAUCGUGUGUCGGCUUGGUGGAGCAGCUUGAUGCAUUACCUAUACCUCGACGACCCGCGGACUAUGUUUGUUGUGGGAGAGUCCCAGGAAACAAACACAACCAUCGUCAUGUAUGACUUUGUUCACGGCUCCGGCCUGGACAAGCUGAUCGAUCUGCCACAUCAGCGAAGUGCCUUUGUACGAUCUUCUCGUGAGCGCUUCUUUCAGUUGUGUCCUUUGGCAGAUAAUGAGAAAGUUGUUGCUGGCACGAAGCUAGGUCUCGUACCUAAGUUAUAA